CGGCGCAAUCUCGGUUUGGGAAUCGGGGAGAGGAGCGUGGGAACCGGCGGCUCCGGGCCUGGCCCCCCCGGCGCCGGCCGCAUGCGGUGCCGCCCCGGCACCUCGGCCGCCUGCCGCCUCUCGUAACCCCUGGCACCCGCCGGCGGCGUAGCUGGCGCCCAUUCUCGAACGGCUACGCGCCGGGCGCGGCGCGGGGUUGCGGAGCCGCGCCCCUCCAUCUCUGCCUCAGGAUCCAGGCCUGCCUCCCUGACAUGGAGAGUAACCUGUCUGGCCUGGUGCCUGCUGCUGGUCUGGUGCCUGCGCUGCCCCCGGCCGUGACCCUGGGGCUGACGGCGGCCUACACCACCCUGUACGCCCUGCUCUUCUUCUCCGUCUAUGCCCAGCUCUGGCUGGUGCUCCUGUACGGGCACAAGCGUCUCAGCUACCAGACGGUGUUCCUGGCACUCUGCCUGCUCUGGGCUGCCUUGCGUACCACCCUCUUCUCCUUCUACUUCCGAGACACCCCCCGGGCCAACCGCCUGGGGCCGCUGCCCUUUUGGCUCCUCUACUGCUGCCCUGUCUGCCUGCAGUUCUUCACCCUGACGCUUAUGAACCUCUACUUCGCCCAGGUGGUGUUCAAAGCCAAGGCGAAACGUCGGCCCGAGAUGAGCCGAGGCUUGCUGGCUGUCCGAGGGGCCUUCGUGGGGGCCUCGCUGCUCUUUCUGCUGGUGAACGUGCUGUGCGCUGUGCUGUCCCGCCGGCGCCGGGCGCAGCCCUGGGCCCUCCUGCUGGUGCGCGUCCUGGUGAGCGACUCGCUGUUUGUCAUCUGCGCACUCUCCCUUGCCGCCUGCCUCUGCCUUGUUGCCCGGCGGGCACCCUCCACCAGCAUCUACCUGGAGGCCAAGGGGACCAGUGUGUGCCAGGCAGCUGCGAUGGGGGGUGCCAUGGUCCUGCUCUAUGCCAGCCGGGCCUGCUACAACCUGGCGGCCCUGGCCUUGGCUCCCCGGAGCCGGCUGGAUGCCUUCGAUUAUGACUGGUACAAUGUCUCCGAUCAGGCCGACCUGGUGAAUGACCUGGGGAACAAAGGCUACCUCGUGUUUGGCCUCAUCCUCUUUGUGUGGGAGCUGCUGCCCACUACCCUGCUGGUGGGCUUCUUCCGGGUGCACCGGCCUCCACAGGACCUGAGCACCAGCCGCAUCCUCAACGGGCAGGUCUUUGGCUCCCGUUCCUACUUCUUCGAUCGGGCCGGGCACUGCGAGGAUGAGAGCUGCUCCUGGGAGCACAGCCGGGGCGAGAGCACCAGCAUGUCGGGCAGCCUCGGCUCUGGCAGCUGGUACGGCGCCAUCGGGCGGGAGCCAGGCUGGUACGGGGGCAGCCAGACUCGGACCACUCCUCUGCUCUUCUCCCAGGUGCUGGACCCUGGCAGCCACCACCACAGUCUCUACUCCACUCCACAGACGUGAUCCCCUCCACCUGUCCCCAGAACUCUCAGACCCCAGUCCCUCCUACCCAGGCCCCUGUGCCAAGUUCAUCUGCUGCUUCUUGCCCAGGAUCCCAGGGGCUGUGGCCACCUCCUCCCCUGCCAGCUCCUU